AUGAAUCGUCUUUUUGGUACUUCUAAAUAAGAACCUCCCAAAUAAUAGCCACCUCCCCCAUAAAAUCCAUAACAACCUAAGGUUUUGGACUUGACGGAACAAUAAAAAAGAUCCGAAGCAAAAGUUAAGGAGUUGACUGAAUAAAUCUAAGAAUUAGAUAAACAGAUAAGUGAACAAUAUUACAAAGCCAAAAACUCUAAGGGAGUUCAAUAAACAACAGCUAAGUCAAGAGCCGUCAUGCUUCUCAAGAGAAAGAAGAUGUUGGAAUAAUAAUUAGGAUAAAUGCUCAAUAAUUAAAUGACCUUAGAUUAAGUGGCUUUCACUAAAGAAAACAUUUAAAAUACACUUGAAAUGGCUUAAGCGAUGUAAUAGGUAGUUGCAGUUCAAAAAGAAGCAUUCAAAGAAAUCGAUAUGGACAAACUGGAUGACAUCAUGGAUGACAUGGAAGAUAUGAAGUUUGAAACAGACUACAUGAAUGACAUGAUGAAUAGAAAUUAUGGAUGUGACAUUGAUGAAAGUGAAUUAGAUAGGGAAAUGGCAGAAAUCGAAAACGACAUGAACUACAAUGCUUUUUAACCUCAACAAUAAUAGCAACAAGCCUCCUAUUAGAGUCUGAUGGGCUAAAAACAAGUUUAUAAUCCUUAAACCAAUUGAUUGACAUUAUAAUUUAUAUUAUUACAUUGUUAUAAUUAAUCAAUUCUAUUUAA